AUGAAAGAGAACAAGAAGGCAGAGGAGGAGCAGCAGAAUGUAGAACAUUCUGCAAUUCAAGAAUCUGUGGGCAAUGUUCAUCCACUCAGCACGGGUGACACUGUCGGUGUACUCGGCACACGCGACAUUAUUGGUGUGCUUGGUGCUGGCAACCGUGUUGACACACCUAGCACGGACAAAAGAGUUGAUGCACCUGGCACGAGCGACAGUGUUGGUGCACUUGGCCCGGGUGACAGUGUUGGUGUACUUCGCACGGGCGACAGUGCUGUCACGCUCGGCACGAUUUUGGUGCGCUUAGUGCGGACAACAGUGUUGGCACGCUUAGCACGGCUGACAGCAUUGAUAUGCUUACUGCGGGCGACUGCGUUGACCCACUCUGCACAGGCGACAGCACUGACACGCUCAGCAUGGGCGACAGUGUCGGUAUGGGUGACAGUAUUGGCACGGGUGACACCAUUGGCACACUUGGCGUGCUCGGUGCAGGCAACAGUGUUAGCGCACAAUGCAGGUGACAUCAUUGGCGCACACGGCACGGGAGACAGUCCUGGUGCGGGUGACAGUGCUGGCGCACUCAGCGCGGGUGACAGUGAUGGCAUGCUUGGUGAAUGUGACAGCAUUGACACACUCAUCACGGGUGACAGUCUUGGCAUGCUCAGUGCAGGUGACAGUGUCGGUGCGCUCACCAUGGGUGACAGUGUCGGUGCACUUAAAGUGGAUGACUGUGGUGGUGCACUCGCUGAGGGCGACAGUGACAGGGCCCUCAGCGUGGGCGACAAUGACGGUGCGCUCAGCACAAGCGGAAGUGAUGGUGCAGGCGACAGCCUCGGCACUGGAGACAGCGAGGGCACUGGAGACAGCAACAGCUCCGGAGACAGCGAUGGAUCUGGAGACAGCGACGGCACUGGAGACAGUGACGGCUCUGGAGACAGCGACGGCUCUGGAGACAGCGACGGCACUGGAGACAGCGACGGCUCUGGAGACAGCGACGGCUCUGGAGACAGUGACGGCACUGGAGACAGCGACGGCUCUGGAGACAGCGAUGGCUCUGGAGACAGCGAUGGCAAUGGAGAAAGUGACGGCACUGGAGACAGCGAUGGCACUGGAGACAGCUUUGUCACACUUGGCAAGGGUGAUAACAUUGGCGAGGACGAUAGCAUCAGUGUGCUCGGCAAGGGUGAUUGCGUUGGCGUGCUCGGUGUGGACAACUCUAUUGGCAUGGUCGGUGCGGGCAACUCCGUCGGCAUGCUUGGCGCUGGCGACUCUGUUGGCAUGCUCGGCGUGGGCGACUCUGUUGGCAUGCUCAGCGUGGGCGACUCUGUUGGCAUGCUCAGCGUGGGCGACUCUGUUGGCAUGCUCGGCACGGGUGACUCCGUUGGCAUGCUCAGUGGGGGCAACUCAGUAGGCAUGCUUGGAGCAGGCAACUGUGCUGGCGAGUGCGGUGCAAGCGACUGCGGUGGAGCACUUGGCACGGGUGACUCCAUUGGCAUGCUCAGCGGGGGCAACUCAGUAGGCAUGCUUGGAGCCGGCGACUGUGCUGCCAAGUGUGGUACAAGCGACUGCGGUGGAGCACUUGGCACGGGUGACUCCAUUGGCAUGCUCAGUGGGGGCAACUCAGUAGGCACGCUUGGAGCGGGCGACUGUGCUGGCGAGUGUGGUACGAGCGACUGCGGUGGAGCACUUGGCACGGGCGACUCCAUUGGCAUGCUCAGCGGGGGCAACUCAGUAGGCAUGCUUGGAGCGGGCAACUGUGGUGGCGAGUGCGGUGCAAGCGACUGCAGUGGAGCACUUGGCACGGGUGAUUCUAUCGGCAUGCUCAGUGGGGGCAACUCAGUAGGCACGCUUGGAGCGGGCGACUGUGCUGGCGAGUGCGGUGUAAGCGACUGCGGUGGAGCACUUGGCACGGGUGACUGCAUUGGCGUGGGUGACUGCAUUGGCACACUCGGCACAGGUGAUAUUUUUAGCACACAGUUUUGGUGCACUGGGCCCAGUAGACAAGAUUUAGCAUGCAGCACAGGUGACAGUGUUCGUAUGCACUGCACGCCGUCAAUGUGGGUGGGCGACAGUGCUGGCACUCUCAGCAGGGGCGGGCGACACUGCUGGCACACUCAGCGAGGGCAGGCGACGACACUGGUGGCACACUCAGCAAGGGCAGGUGACGACACUGGCGGCACACUCGCAUCUCUAAGCCUGCUGUCAUACUGCUUUUUGAGCAAUGAGAAACACAAAGAUCUAGCUCAUUCUACACAAAUAGCAAACAGUACACUUUCAUGGAUGACACUAGAGACUUUGAUGGAUGUAACAAGUGUGAUAGAAGAUUUGGCUAUAAACCAACAUGGAGCAAUCAGAGCUGUUGCAGAUCAACCUUUAUUUGCAGCCCACCACCAGUGGCACCGCAAAAUGCAAGCUGUCACCACAAGCAAUGCUGUGGGAAGAAGUCGCACAUCUGGAGUGCACACUGCAUCUUUCAGUGGAACCCUGCGACCUCCAACCAGCUAUAACCGUGCCCCACAGCUCUGA